AUGGCAACUAAAAUUCCCACAGAAAUUUUAAUUAAAAUUUUAAAUAAUUGUCAAUCAACUCGAGAUUUAUAUUCAUCAUUAUUAGUUAAUCGAAUUUGGUGUAAAGUUACUAUACCUAUACUUUGGGAAUUACCUUUGGGUCAAGAAUGUUGGGGUGAUGAUAAAACACUGAGGAAGAAAGCAUUAUGUAUUCGAACUUAUAUAUCAUGUAUGGAUACUCAUGCUAGAACAUUACUUAUUCAAAAUGAAUUUGAUUUAUCAUCAUCGUCGCAUCAAGCUACUUUUGAUUAUCCAUCAUUUGCUCAUAAAUUUAUAAUUGGUAAUUUAGUCAAUUUUAUUUCCAUAUAUUUACAACAAAUUGUUAGUUCAGAUCAAGAUAAUUAUAAGAAUACUAUCACCAAACCGAGAAUAUUAUUUCUUGAGAUAUUCAAAUUAAUAAUAAAUCGUUGUAAAUUUGUGAAUUCUUUUGAAAUGACGGGAGUUCACAUAAAAAAUCAUUUUCAUUAUAUCGAUUUAAUUGGUUCAAUUCUCGAGUUGCCUGGUGCUCCCAAAGUAUUUGAGAAAUUAGAAACAUUUGUUUCGGCGACGAUACAUGAUGAACGGAUGAGACCAUUAUAUGAGUCAUUAACAUUAAUUUGUGAUAAUAUUUUAAAUAUGAAUUUGUCUUUCGAUUUACCUUUUCAAGAGCAAUUUUUUGCAAAAUUUAUUAGUGUUCAAAAACGUUUAGAAAAUCUAUCAAUUGAUGCUAAUUAUUAUCAAGAUUGUAAUUCAUUAUUAUUAGCUAUCGUCAAUCAUAAAGAAACAUUAAAAAGUCUUCAUUUAAAAUCAGUAAAUUUUUUUCAUUUCGAGGGAAAAUCAUUCGGACAAAUUAUUUCACUUCAAGAACUUUAUAUUGAAAAUUGUUAUAGAUUGCAAAAAUCAGAUAGUUUAUUCUUUGCUUCAUCAUUUACUCAAUUAAGUAGUUUUUAUUUUCAUACAUUUCAGGAAUAUCCUCAAGAAUUUAUUAUAAAAAUUUUCGAAACAGCCAAUACAAAAUUAAGAAAGAUUUAUCUUAAUUCCUAUACUACAGAUAUAUUUUUAGCAAUUUUAAAUUAUUGUACAAAUAUUAUCCGAUUAACUCUACAUAAUAAACGUUCUGGACAUGUAAUACCAAGAUUUAAUAAUAAUUUUAGUGAACUAAGAAGAUUUUCAUUUGAAUCUGGAGUAGGAAUUAAUGCUAAUGAAUUAUUAUGUCAGAUGGCUUUGCCCGAAUCACUUGAAAUCAUCAAAAUUCGGAUGGGAAUAUUUAAUGCAGAUAGUUUAAGAAAAUUUUUUGAAGGGUGGUGUUGUAAAGGAGAAGGAAGAAAUAAAAAGUUUAUUGUAAAACGUACAGAACAAGCACGACUAUUUAAAUUAAGUGAUGAACAUUUUAAAGUUAUUGAAGAAUAUGGAGUUCAAUUUAAUAUGGAAGAAUUAUAUUCCAAAUAA